AUGAGAUCUUCAAAGUCACCCUCCAAAAGGAAGGCGACCGAGGGUUCUCCUAAGUUUGGAUACACGAGUUCCACUGACUUUGAAAAUUUGCCUACUCAGAGACAUCGGCAAGACAGAGAAGAUAGCUACUUUUGGAUGGGUCGCUACCUAGCUACUGACACCCCUUCCCCUAUAGGAGAUGACCAAACUCCUCUUCAAGCUACGAUGGACAAUGUCUGCGAGUUUAAUCUUAAUCGACGAAAUGUGCAGCGAGGUGACGUUCAUCCUGUCGAACAUAGGCCCCUUGUCAUGAUCCCCAAACAUCCUCCCGUGGCCAAGAAGCCUGCUAUAUCGGAUGAGACCAACAGAAAAAAGACCGGACGACAAGAAAGGCAGUCGAAGAAGCAGAAGACUCCGCAAUCUGAACCUGAGCCUCCUACAGUCCAUUCCCAGCUUCCAACACCAGAUUUUGAGAGUGUUAUUUGGCCUGCAAUGUGGGAGAAAGUCCAGUCCCUCAUCAAAGCAAAAGUUUCGGAACAUAUGGAAGCUAUGUUGCAAGAAAGAAAGGCCGAAUUGGAGUCUUUGACUCGCCCUCCACUGCUUAAGGCGGACAGCUCACCAGAGGUUUAUCUGACUUAUGUUCAAUUCCUUAAGAACAGAAUAAAAGCUACGACCACGAACUCGUCAACAAGACAAAAAACUGAAGCUGUUAUGUCGUUAGCGAUGGACUUGGAGCCAGGAAUAGAGAAAUGCCUUCGCAAGCAUCUAGGUCAAAUUACCGCCGAGGAGAACAUCCAAGUGGAAAGCCAAGACUUGGCUAUGGCUGAGCGAGAGCGUAUCGAGGAAGAAGAACUGGAUACAGACGACGAAGAUAUUAUCACGAUUUCGGACAAAGACGACUCUGACUACCAGGACGAUCCGGAAGAUGUCGACGAGCCUCUUACUCCAGUUACGACGCCUACAACCAUGAGUCAAUUAAAACGAUAUGAGGAUAGAUUUAGGGAGUUUCGGCGGUAUGCCGCAUCGGAGAGCGUUUCCAACGACAAGAAGAGAGCAUUGGAGAAGACGCCGACGCCGACCAAAGCAGGCAGCAAAAGACGCUGCACAGUCAGGCACUCGCCUGGAUUUACACCCAGCCCAGCGUCAUCCAAGUCUUCGUAUUUCCCAUCGUUGCAGGAGUUAUUCAGCUCAAGUUUAGGACGGCAAUCAUCCCCGGCAACACAACCGAGUCCCUCCAGAAGCCAACCUUCUACACGACAGGCCGAACGAGCACAGCACGAGAGCACAUUACCAACUCGCUUCCGAGAGACAACAGCAGAUUUUGAGGCCAUGAAUACCUCUGAGAAGCUCCUGUUGCUGUUCAAAAUGUCCAGAGGGAAGGAGAAAUAG